UGUUACACAGUUUGGGGCCAGAAGUCUUGUGAUGACUGAAGUCCUCUCGCCUAUUCUCCACUCUCGCUGCUUCUUUGGGGCUUCAAUCUCGAGGACUCUGGCUAAGAACAAUAGCCCUGUGCCGGGUGACUCCCAAGCUCUCUCGGUCUUGGUCGGAGCAGCGGAGAAGCGAGGAUGGUUGGUGUUAAUCGCGCUCCAGUUAAACUCGGAGGAGCCGCCCUGGUGGGACAAAAACUGCACCGCCAUCUGGGAAGCAUUUAAAGUGGUGCUGGACAAGGAUCCUUGUUCGGUACUCCCCUCGGACUAUGACCUCUUCAUUGACCUCUCCAUGCACUCCAUUCCCAGAGACAAGUCCCUGUUCUGGGAAAAUAACCACCUCCUUGUGACUAGCUACUCAGACAACACACGCCGCUUUAUGCCUCUGUGCGAUGUUCUGUAUGGUCGGGUUGGAGAUUUCUUGAGCUGGUGUCGACAGAAAAACGGGUCUGGACUGGAUUACCAGUCCUGUCCUACAUCAGAAGAUUGUGAGAAUAAUCCUGUGGAUUCCUAUUGGAAAAGGGCAUCCAUGCAGUAUUCAAGAGAUAGUUCUGGGGUGAUCUACGUCAUGCUGAAUGGUUCCGAGCCCACGGGAGCCUAUCCUGUCAAAGGUUUUUUUGCAGAUUUUGAAAUUCCAUACUUCCAGAAGGAUAAAAUCACACGAAUUGAGAUCUGGGUCAUGCAUGAAAUCGGGGGACCCAAUGUGGAAUCCUGUGGAGAGGGCAGUGUGAAGAUCCUGGAAGAGAGGCUGGAGGCCAUGGGGUUCCAGUACAGCUGCAUCAACGAUUACCUACCAGUGAAGCUCUUAAAGUGCGUGGACCAUAGCACUCAUCCUGACUGUGCCUUAAAUUCGGCAGCAGCAUCUACUCAAAGAGAAGUUCCAUCUCUUUAUGCAGAGCCGAGUACCAGCCUUAUCAUUCCUUUCUUGGUGGCUAUGGCCUUAGGUUCUCAAAUGUAACUGGAGACUCGACUGUGCUGUCCUUAAGAGCCCCAGGCCCUGCACCUACCCUUACAUGGUCCCUGUCCCUGCUCUGCCCGCCUGAGUGAUACCGCUGUCUAGACACUUAUUUCUGGGAAAGUCUCUACCAGCCUGAGAUAGCAUUUCAAGGCCACUUAUGCUCAGUAUUCCAGAGGCAAGACAUUAAUCAAGUUCUAUUUAGCAGGUUAAAUCUGCUGCACUGGCAUUAAAGCAAGUUUUCAUUUUGUUAUUAUAAAAAAUAAAUAAUAAAUAAAAUGAUACAAAACAUUGAGACCGGGGCUGUUAUACAAUCAUAUAUAAUCAAACAUAUUUAGACAGUUCUAAUAGAAUUGAAUUUCAUAUUUUGUGUGUGUUCUUACACCUCCAGAAAUGCAUGUGUGUUGGUAGCUUGAGAUGUAUGUAUACUAUGUAAGUGUGUGUGUGUAUAUAUAUAUGUCUGAUUUGCAAAGAUUUAUGGGUGAAGAUGUUUAUGUAAUGAUUACUUAUAGUAAAUUAACAAACCCAAAUGUCCAAUAAUGUUUACAUUUUUAUUCAGCUCUUAGGCCUGCUUAUAGAAGGUAUCAUAUGCCCAUAGAACAGAAUAUCAUCAAACAAGUAAAAGCGUGUUCACUAACCCAACUGCCCUUGUCCUGCUGAGUGCAUACAUUAACUGCUGUCCAUCUCCACCGUGGAAUACUGCUCAGCAAUAGAGAGAAACCAGCUGCUGACGUGUGUGACGAUGCGGAUGAAACUCAAAGGCUCAUGCUGAGGGAAAGAAGCCCGACCUAUAGGCUACAUGCUGAAUGAGUCUCUUUAUAUGGUUUUCUAGAACAGGCAAAGCUCUAGGAAGGGAGAGCAGAUCAGCAUUGCCAGGGUUAGUGGCAGGAGGUGGCUCAGGACUAAGGGAGGGGCUGACUAAGGGGGCAGUGGGAAGUGAACACCCCGCUGUUCUGUGUCUCGACUGUGGUGGUUUGUUAGGUGAAUCUGUGUAUUUCUCAAACUCUUAGAGGUGCACAUCAAAAAGAGUCCAUCUCACGGUACAUAAAUUAAAAAGGUUUCCAAAGAACAUUUAAUCACAUAGGAAAAUGUUAACAGCAAAGGCAGGAGAUAGGAUCUGAGAAUUUAUCUUAUGAUCCAGUUAUCUAAAAUAUAAUAGAACUCUUAACAAAUUAUGUUGUGAGUGUGUUUGUAUGAA